GCCACGCCGGACAUGAUUUGGCCCCAAGGUGGGGGGACUUUAUCCCCCUUGAGGUCCCCCAGAAGGUCUUUCGGCGCCGGAUGAAGCUGUGGUUGACCCCCGUGGGGUGAUGUUGACGUUCCUCACGGCGGUGUCCAACCCCUCCUCCCUCCGGCCAUGCCGAAGGGGCCACCACGGGGAGAGGAGGAGAAGGAGGAGGAGACAUCAAAGCCGGCGCAGAUCCCAGGACAUCGGUUAAUGAAAGACCAAACCAUCGAUCGGUGACGUUCUCCAAGGGUCAACCCGAAAGGGGAAAGGGAUGAAGUUCUCGGUGGUCUUCUUCUCGGUGGCUUUGGUGGCCCUGGUGGGCGCCGGGCAAACGCCGCUGCAGCGAAGGGUCCUCCGCGAAGUGGUGGAGUAUUUCAACGGACGCAACAGCGGGAGCUUCGUCUUCAAGGAGCAAACGGUGGAAGGAGCCGUGGAGAGGGAGGACUCCUCGGGGACGUUUGUGCAGUUGAAGGUCACCCUGGUGCAGACGACCUGCAGGAAGAGGUCACCGCAGCGCCACAACUGCAGAGCUCUGGAGAACCGGAGGAAGCCGUCCUGCCUGGUCUGCUACAAGUUUGACCCCAGCGAUGUCCCCAAAGUGGUGGACAAAUACCACAACUGUGGCCCAAGCCACCACUUGGCCGUCAAGGAGCUGCGGCAGCGCGAUGAGGCCGAGUGCCGCGCGGUGGAGGACGCCGGCAAAGCCUCGGAGUCGCUCUACCUGCCCGGAAUGUUCGCCUUCUCCAAAGGGCUCCCGGCCUAGAAGAGGACCUCCCGGUCACCACCAGCGUCAGGAGAUGGACGCGGCCUCAGGGGACCCAUCCGGCCCCACCGCUUACUGCCCCCCAACUCCACGUCCUCCCGGGAUGGUCCUGGAGAAGCUCCUGGAGAUGAUCCUCUCAGGAUGGUCCUGGAGAAGCUCCUGGAGGUGCUCCUCACGGGAUGGUCCUGGAGGUGCUCCUCAUGGGAUGGUCCUGGAGGUGCUCCUCAUGGGAUGGUCCUGGAGGUGCUCCUCUCAGGACGUUCCUGGAGAUGCUCCUCUCAGGAUGGUCCUGGUGAAGCUCCUGGAGGUUCUCCUCCCAGGAUGGUCCUGGAGGUGCUCCUCACGGGAUGCUCCUGGAGGUGCUCCUCAUGGGAUGCUCCUGGAGGUGCU